AUGUCGAACCAAACAUCCCGAAAAGAUGACGUGGAAGCCGGAACCAACCUAUUGUACCCAUUAAUGCAGGAAAGCCCGGAGCUCCGGUGGGCUUUUAUUCGAAAAGUUUAUUUGAUAAUUAUUGUUCAAUUGCUUUUCACCAUUGCUGUUGCUUCUGUUGUGGUAAUUGUUCAUCCCAUUGCUGCCUUCUUUUCCACCACUCGGAUUGGGCUUGCAAUAUACAUUGUCAUCGUUUUGAUUCCUCUUAUUGUUUUGUGUCCCCUAUAUUUUUAUCGGCAGAAGCAUCCACUCAACUUCUUUCUGCUCGGGAUCUUCACGGUGGCUUCUGGUUUUGCAUUGGGCGUCGUUUGUGCUUACUACAGUGGUAAAGACUAG